AAUCAUGCUGACUCAUGCUGUCUCUGCCUCAACAACGUUACCACAGUUCUGAGGAAAACCUCUCUCUCUCUCUCUCUCUCUUUCACUCACUGUUCACUCUGCUGUGUGCCAAAACCAAAACCACUCACAAGGUGCCACCACUUGUCAGGUUCCUUCAAGGUACCACCUCUUUUACUGCAUGGAUCCUGUUUGGUUCCCCGAGAAACCGUGUUGGUUGAAAGAUAGAAUCAUGAACCAGGCAUAGGCUUCUUUAUUACUUACUAGCUUCCGAGGCUUCAAUUAAGUGGUACUAAUGGAAUCUUGGAGUAAUGUCCCUGAAGAGAAAGGCUAUUUGUUCCCUGAUGAAGUGGAUUUUUCCCUUGAUGCUUUUAUGAGAAGUACAAAAACAUUGGUUGAAUGGGACAACAAACCCUCUUGCAACUUUGAGAGAGAUGGAUUCAAAUCAGACAGAGAGGUAGUUCAAAGCAUGGAGUAUGUGGACUUGGGAUUUCCUCUGGAGACAUCAAGCUGUGAACUAGACAGUAAUUCUAGUAGAAGAGGGAAUUCCUCCACCCAUGUUAUUGCUUUGGAUUCAUCCUUGGGGGAUGAAGAAUCUGAGUCACAGCAUUUUAGUUCUCUAGUUGAAUCCAAAACUCAUUAUUCCUCACUGAUUGAUCUGAAGCUAGGGAGAUUAGCAGAUUGUAAAGGUGCAAGCAAUGAAGAUGUAGGAGAAAGGUUCACUUUAACAUCUAGACACCCAACCACCGCGCUUGCAAAGAGAGCUCGGACUUCCAGCUUACCUGCUCAGGCUCCUGUGUGUCAAGUUUUUGGUUGUAACAAGGAUCUUAGCUCCUCAAAAGAUUACCACAAAAGGCAUAAAGUUUGUGAUGUUCACUCCAAGACACCUAAAGUUAUUGUCAAUGGCGUUGAACAGAGGUUUUGUCAACAGUGCAGCAGGUUUCAUUUGCUGGCCGAGUUUGAUGAUGGUAAGCGCAGUUGUCGCAGACGUCUAGCUGGACACAAUGAACGUCGAAGGAAACCCCAGUUUGAUUACAUGACUGGUAACAAACACACAAUUCUUCAGUCAUAUCAAGGCACCAAGUUUCUGGGGUCUUCAUUACAGAACAUACCCCAGUUUUCCUUUCAAGACAUAUUUCAAAGUAGCAUCCUUUUCUCAGGGAAGCAGGAUCAAAUCUAUCAUAGUGAACAUGUCAAAUUGGAAGAGGAAUUUUGCAGCCCUCUACUAGCAGCACCCGUCACACUUGAUCAGGAGUUAUCUAGCUGUGCUCUCUCUCUUCUGUCAACUCCAUCGUCGCAGAAUCCAUCACGCCACUUAACAGGAAACCCCCUUAUCUUUCAGGGAGCCUUCAAAGAUGACCAAGUUUCUGCAUCUCCUUUGAGGAUAAACUCUGAGGAAGUCAUCAAGAAUGGAUCCACAACGCCUUCUUCUGAUGCUGGUCGCACUCUGCAAGUCCAAAGAGAUGAUAUUUGCCAACCAUUAGAAUCAUUCAAUAACAAAGAUUGCCUUUCCUCUGAACAUGGAACUAGUGUUGAUCUGUUUCAGUUGUCUUCUAAUCUUCAGAGGGUGGAGCAGCAGAGAAACUCUGUUUUGGUAAAGUGGGAAAUGGAGAACUAUUGUUUCCCAACCGUGUAAAGGCUUCUUAGGCUUAAAGUGUCAUUAACAUGUCUAAUUGUUUGAUACCUAUAUUGUAAUGCUAUAUUAGUAGAACUGUUUUAUCAGUGUAUUGGUUCAUUUAUGGCACAGAAUGGGAUCAAUGAUGAGGAAUAUCUUUAACUAA